UAUCUUUUCUGACUGAAUGAUGAAAUGUUUUUUAUUUAAAUAAUAAUUUUGAAAAAAAUUAUUAAUUAAUAAAUGAACUAUGCUACGACCGACAGUGGUAGUGCUGAUUUUUGUAACUUUUAUUUUUUCCAUCAACACUGGUGUUGCUGAGGGUCACAACAAGAGCAUCAACAAAACAGAUAUAUCCGGUGAAUCACCUGAGGCUAUUUUGGAUGUGACGACAGAUAAAAUUCUUGGAGAAGAUGUCGAGUAUGAGGAUGAAGAUGAAGAGGAAGAUGAUGAUGAUGAUGAUGAGACAAAUGAAAAAAAUACUGGUGAAAAUGAAAAUGAAAAAAAAAUUGAUGAGUAUGAGGUUGAACUACGUGAGGUUGCAGAAUCACACGAAGCAAUGUCCAGAGACGAUAGACAUAAUUCAACAGUUAAAAUAAAUAAUUCUGAUUCAAGUAUAUUUACUGAUGAAAAUAAAGCAAUUCGUAAUUUUGAUUCACAUGAAAAAAGUAUUGAAGAACAUUCAGAUGAAAGUAUAACAUCAAAUGAAGCAAUUAGUACAGAAAAUGAUAAAGAAGUAAAAGAAUUGUUGGAAUUUAAACAUUUAUUUGAUGAUAAAAAAAAAAAAAUAAAACGUGUACCAACUGUUAAAAAAGAAUUAAGUACACAAAAAGAAAUUCAAGGAAAUGUAAGUGUACUUGCUGAGCCAACGAAAAUUACAAGUCAAUUGGAGGAUAAAAGAAUUGGAUAUUCGCCUGUCAGAACGAAUGACUUGAUGGAUCAAGAUGGUAUUCGACAUUUAAAUUCUGAAAAAAAUAUACAAGGUGAAGUUAUACCUGGUGACGAAUAUGUGGAUUCAGAUACAUCUUUACAGAUACUUGGAAAACUUGAUAAAAGACAAGAAUCUGAUCUUGAUUCUUCAGAGGCUUAUCCACCUAGUCCACAUAUACCAGAGUUUGAAAAACAUUCAGAAAUUCAAGAAGUUACUGAGGAGCUAGAAACAGUACUGGCUGAAGAGUUGAUGGAUCGGAUCCUAACUAAACUUGCAAGUCGUCCAUCCCAGUAUGACUAUGCAAGCCGUUUGCUGAAAAAUUUAUUGGAUCAUUUGGAGGCAUCAAGAAGUAAUUCAAAACGUAGUUCUUCACCAACUUUAUUUGAUGAUUUAAAAGUAUCAACAAAAUCACCAAUUGUAAAGCCAAAAAAUCCACAAUAUAUCCAUCAUCAACAACAAUGUCAUUUAAUCCAUAUACACGUCAACGUAUUAUCAAUAGCCACAAUGCAAGGAUCACCACAAAAUCAACAUGAUACUUUAUCAUCAAGAUAUAAAGUUGAUACAAGUGAUUCAAGUAAUUCUCGAUUACUUGAUUAUGAUUUGUCAGAACGUGCUUAUCAUCAUCAACAACAACAACAACAACAGCAACGUCCAAAAUUUACAAGUGACAUGUACAAUCAAUAUCAGUAUCAGCAACAACAUCCAUAUCGAAAUAUGAAUCUUCAACGUGAUUUUGACACUGAUCCAAUUAUUGAUUAUGAUGAUACUUAUACUGACGUUGAUUAUUCACGUUUACGUUCUGGUUUUCGAAAUAAACCAAGAAAAUAUCAAAGAUUUGAUAUGUCAAAAUUUCAUGAUCCACUUUAUGAUGAUGAUAAUAAUGAUGAUGAUGAUGGCUAUAGAAAUAAUGAAAGAAAAAAUAUUCAAAAUAAAUAUAAUAAUCGUAAAAAUUGGUCAACACGAUGGCGUCAAUGGAAAGAUUAUUGGCGACCAAUUAUUCAAGUUGAUGAAGAAAUUGAUAAAACAGGAAAUAAUCAUCGUAUUUAUGGUAAAUUUGAUAGUACAUGGCCAGUUGAUGAUAUAAGUAUAACAAAAAAUGAAAAAAUACCAUGGAAAAUAAUUGAUGAUACAAGAAAAAAUAUUUAUAAUAAUAAAAUUAAUAGAAAUAAAGAUAUAAAUAAUAAUAAAAAUAUUAUAAAUGAUACAUUAAAAAAUGAUAAUAUAAAAAAUGAAAAUUUACCAUUACCAAAAAUAACAAUGACAACAUGGAAUAGUUUAACAUCAGAUCCAGCAACAUGGCCAUUUAAAUUAUCAGGUGCUAAACCAUGGCCAAAAGAUAAAAAUGGAAAAUCAUAUAAUCCAAAUGCUGAACUUGUUCAUAAAUUAGGAUUAGAUAAACAAAAUAGAUUAUUAAAUGUUAAAAAUAAUAAUGAUGAUGAUAAUAAAAUAAGUGAAAUAAAAGAAUCACAAUUAAAUUUAAAUAAUAAUAAUUGGAAAACACAUGAAAAAUGGCCAGAUAAUGAUGAUAAUUGGCCAAGUAAAUUAAAUAAUUGGGAUAUUGAAUUGACAAAACAAUCAAAUAAUCAAGUAACAUGGUCACCAAAAUGGAAACAAUUUACUUAUCAUAAAGUUAAUAAUUUACCAUUAACUAAAACAGGUAAUAUUGAUCAAACAAAAACAAAAAAUUCAUAUAUUGCUGUAUCUGCAUUGUCAUCUGUUAAUGAUUGGCAUAAAAAUGAUAUUGAAGAAAUUCCAAUUGAUAAUAAUAUUAAUAGUAAUCAUGAUGAUCCAACAAGACAAAUGUUAUUUCAACAAACACCAUGGAAAAAAAGUGUUAAUGCUAGUAGAGAUAAAAUAAUAAUAAAAAAAGAUACUUUAGAAAAUCAACUUGAUGAUCUUAGACAAAAUCAUUUUAAUAAGCAUGUUUCAUCGACACAAGCAACUUACCUGCAGUCAACUAUUAUACCAGUGACAACGACUAUCAAGAAAAUUAACACAGUUAAAAAAUCGUUGUUGAAAAUUGUCGACAAUGAAAAGAUAUCUAAAAGUCAAUAAGGUUAAUAAAUAAAUUUGUUUUUUUUUUUUUAUUAUUAACAAGUAAUGUCAUACAGAAAAAAAAAUAUAAAUAUUAUUUAAUG